GUUAGUGUUAGUGUUACAAGGCGCAUGAUAUGACGCCCUCGCGACGUCAUCAGCAGGCGACAAGUGAAAACUGCUCAGGAGCGACGUGAAAUCAUAACAGGUCAGGAUGUCCCGCGUGUGGACCGGCGGUCACUCCUCACCGUUGCUGUGUGCUGCAGUCUCCUGUGAAUCCCAGCACAUGGUGGCGACCGGAGCUGAAGGAGGUGAACUGACCCUGUGGAACCACGACGGCUCGCCGCUCUCCACGCUGCACGUGAGCAUGGACGAUGACGUCACGAGCCUGGCCUUCUCGCCGUCGGCACCCUGCGUGCUGUACGCCUCUCACGGAUGCGCUGUUAGCGUGCUAGACUGCAGAAACCUGAAGACGGCGGUGGGUGAGCUGACAGACGUGGCUGAGGAGGAGAUCAACUGUCUGUCUGUGAACGAGACUGGCCGUGAGCUCGCUGCGGCCGAUGACUCCGGAGCCGUGACACUCAUUGAUCUACAGCAGGAGAAAGUCAUCAGGACACUGCGCAAACACGACAACAUCUGCUCGUCCGUGACCUUCCGACCUCGCAGGCCUCAGAGUCUGGUGUCUGCAGGACUCGACAUGCAGGUUUUGCUGUGGAACCUGCCGAAGCCGCGUCCGCUCUGGAGCUGCAGUCUGCAGGACACGCAGGAGGAAGAUGCUCGUCAGAUGUUCAACCCUCCUCUCGCACACUGCGUUGGUGUGGCGUCCUGCGGCAACGUGUUUGCCUGUGCGGCCGAGGACGGCUGCGUCCAUCUGCUGCGGGUGUCUGAAGACGGCAGGCUCCGGGAGCGAGGGACGCUCCAGGCUCACAGUCAGGGAGCGUCGCAGUCUCACUUCAUCAGCUUCCUCUCACACCCGUACUGGCUGGCCACCGGAGGGAACGAUGGCCUCGUGGCUCUCUGGGACCUCAGUCAACAUCCACUGGUGGAAAAUGGCAGGAAGGCUAAAGGCCACAAAAAGAGAACUAAAGCCAGAGCCAAGAAACGUGACAAAAACCAGAAACAACAGGAAGAGGAGGCCGGCAGUGCUUGCUCUAGUUCAGAGACACAUGGAAAUAUCGGGCCCAGACAGUGUUUUCAGCACGGAGAGAAGGUGAACUGGGUGUGUCCGGCUGUGCUGGAGGGAAAGCCCAGUCUUCUGGUGAUGGAUCAGAGUUCCUGCCCAUCUGUGUAUUUGUUGGAUCAACUAUAAUAUACAUCUGAAUUGGCCUGUAAAAAUCCUUUACAUGUAUUAAAGUUAUGUAAGCUUCAUGCAAGAUCUGAAGCUUAAAUGA